CCGAUUGCGUUCGCUCUCUAGGCGCGCAUCACGUUCUCUACUAUCAAGCCUGGUUCUUGUUAUUAUUCAUUCCCUUCCUUCCUUUCCCGUUCCCCGGUUCUGUCGAUCCGGCUCGUUCCUUUUACUUUGUCCCCAGUUGAUAGACCCUAUGGGCUCACAUUCCCUUCAGUUCCAAGCGCUGGAAACGGCCUACGCCAUCGCUCCCUUGCUUACAGAACCACGGCUUCUGCACUCCUUUGUUUGGCUUUAUAUAUACACCUCUAGACCCACGGCUUGGGAUCGACGGUCAUAUCCCAGCAUCACAAUUCGGUAAAUAAGAGAGACAAAAGAGCGAGGCAGAGUGAGAGUGAGAGAGAAAGAGAGAGACAGUGGAAACCGGACGUCCUCCAUAUCAACAACAUCACAAUGCGUGCCGCUCUAGCCUUGUUGGCUCUCUACUCGUCGCUGGCUUGCGCCACGCCGGCUCCCGCCUACCCCGGCUUCAAGCUGUUGUGGUCGGAUAGCUUCUCAGGUGCCGCCGGAGAUACGCCCGACCAGAAGAAAUGGAACAUCAUCACCGACGUCCAAACCAACGGCGAGGUGCAGAACUACUCCAAGUCGAAUAAGAACCUGCAGAUCUCGGGGGGUGACACGGUGCAGCUGGUGCCGUUCAAGUCCCCCAAGGGCACGUGGACGUCGGCGCGGAUCGAGUCCAAGGAGGCGUUCACGCCCCCGCAGGGCAAGCUGACCAUGUUCGAGGCGGCGAUCCGGUUCGGCGACACGCCGGCGGUGAACAAGCAGGGCAUCUGGCCCGCGUUCUGGCUGCUCGGCGACGCCGUCCACCACGGCACCCCCUGGCCGCGCUGCGGCGAGCUCGACAUCAUGGAGACGGUCAACGGCCUGCCCGCCGCCUACGGCACCACACACUGCGGCAACGGCGAGCAAGGCGGGCCCUGCAACGAGCCCAUCGGCCGCGGCGCCGCCGUCCCCCUGCUCGACUACGGCUGGCACACCUGGACCCUGCAGAUCGACCGCACCAACGCCUCCGGCGACUGGAAGGACGAGGUCAUCCGCUGGCUGGUUGACGGCAACGUCUUCCACCAGAUCCGCGGCUCCGACAUUGGCGACCAGGGCAUCUGGGGCACUCUCGUGCACUCGCCCAUGUUCAUCAUCUUGAACGUGGCCGUGGGCGGCAACUGGCCGGGUGCUCCCAACAGCCUGACGGCCGACGGCUAUGGCAGCAUGAUGGAAGUUGAGUACGUGGCUGUGUACACGUCCUCUUAGCCAUCUUACUACCACUAGUGUCGAUCUCUUUUUUCCUCGUUUGUUCUUUUUUUCUCUUCCUUGUCUCUUCCUUUCUCUUUCUGGACCGGCUGUCACUUUGACAGCGCAAAAACGGGAAAAGCUACGGACUUUUUCUUGUCUUCGGAAGCGGCAGUUACAAGACAAGGUUGGGAUUGAUAUGUCUAAUCUUCUUGCGGGUGCUGUCCCCUGGGCAUAUCACGGUGUUCCCCGGACUGGUUUCUUCGGAGACAUGGUAAUAUGAUACCUUUGCUGCUUGGAUACUACCCUAGGCGGCUUACUGUUUAUGCACAAUGUUGCUGGGCACUUGGCGAACCCUCUUGCAUGGACGUUUCAACUACGUGCGCUGCCAUGUCCUUCUCCUGCGAGUCACCUGCAGCUUGAAAGCCAUGCAGACGGCCCCUCUCUCCGCCCGAGACCCGGGUUGCAUAACCUCGCCUUCAAUGCCAACAACCCCUUUUGAC